AUGAUUUGUUGUGGUAGCAACUCAUGUGACUAUGACAACUUAGAACCUUCAACAGUUUACAUGGGGUCCAUGAUUUCUCAUGAACGCAUUCAAGGUAUGGUACCUUCAACAGUUUAUAUGUGAUUGAUGAUAGGCGUCCUUAUACGGGUAUUUAUUUUUUUUAACCUGUGCUUCCAGGUUUCGGUUCCUUCCCCCGCUCAUGGAGCUAACAAGGCUAAUUCUUUCCUGUGAGCCAAAUUGAAUUACACAAAAUGGAUAUUUCAAGUAUGGUCCAUAAAAUACUCCGUCAGUGUGUUUUCUGUGUAACCUUGAUUUGAUGCCAAUGAUUAACGGACUUAGCGGUGGUGGAUGGUGGCAUAGGCUUUUUCUAUCAUUAUGGCAGCUGUGGAUUGGAUUGUAUUGUUGUUACAUAAUAUCUGGCCAUGUUUACCUGCAAGUGAUGACAUGAAUUCAAGGUUGUCUGCUAGUCGGUGAUGAGGUUGAAGCUCUUACAAUGGUGAAGUCUUCUGGAGAUUUUUCAUUGUUAAGAUAUUGCCAGUCUAAUAUCUUUAAAUAGUCUAGAAUUUGUCAAAUUUUGUAAAAAUCAAUGUUGCUUGUAUGAUAAUAUGUCUCGUAAGAUCUCAAAUGUUAGGCCAGUUAUUCAGUAACAUCUGGCAUGGUAUCCUCUGAGAUGUGAUACAGAGGCCUCAGGUGUCUAGCAGGCUUCCCAAAAAUGGAACUUGACAGGUGAGGUAGUUGAAGAAAAGAAUGCGUUUGACAGAUAUGCGUCUUUGGUGGUCAAUCUGGGAUCUGGAAUUGGUGAGCAUCAGUAUCUGAUAACAAAGCCAUGAAAGAGUUGAAAUAUCUUGAAAAAAAUAUAAUUAGGCUGAAGUAAUUCUCUUGUGGAAGCAAUAUUGUGUAUGCUUUCAGGAGGGGUUUGCGUUUUGACCAUGCGUUGGUCUGGAUUUCUUUCCUUUAAGAAUUAUUGCAUUUGUCUUGGAUUUUGUUUUUUGGGGGAUAGUUAGUUUUGUUCUUGAGCAGGAUGAAUUAUUUCAAUGUUUUCAUCUUGGCCUCCUACAUAAUAUAAGUAAAUAAAUGAAGGAAGUAAACUUCAGUUACUCUGACUUUGCUGUCUUGGUACUCAUCAUGAUCGACAAUCUUUUUUAGCUUGGCUGGUUUUGCUCUGUUAGUUAUUGUUUUUUACCUUACUUUUGUCAAUGAAUCAUUCAUAAGAGUUUGCUUCUUACGAGUGAGAUUCUGCAGUUUUGAUUCUGUUCUAUCUGAUUGUCACAGGUUAUUUCUUCUGUGUCAUCAUUGCAGCUCAUAUUUUUCAUAGAAUUGCACUGCAUAUUUGUGUUAUACAAAAGGUUAUUUUUAUUAAAAGUUUUUGUUGGGUUAAUUAAUGCAAUAAUGAACUUCUUAACAAUGUGUUUUUUUUUCUUAUGAUGUACAGAACAGCCAUCAGCUUGAAAGCCCACAACUCAGGAGGUACUCCCCUCUACUUGAGAGUGCAUUAUUACCAAUCAAGGAUGUGGUCUCAGGCGAGUGGAAGGCUGUUCCAGACAUCUGGAAGUCAGUGGCAGAGAAAUAUGGAGAUAAAGUAGCAUUGGUGGAUCCUUACCAUGAUCCACCAUCUGUGAUGACAUACAAGGAGGUACAUUCUGUUCAAUAAUAUUUUCAACAAUUAAUUUUCCUGAUAACCAUAAGUUUUGCAAAUAUUAACUUUUUGGAAGCUGUCUAUCUAUCUAUAUAUAUAAAUAUGUAUAUAUGUAUAUUUAUAUAUUAGACCCAAGUUGCAGCUUUUCUUAUUUAAAAUAAUAUGCCAAAAUGACCAUCGACAUCUUGUUUGAUAAACGACCGGGAUGCUUUUUUUGAGGAAAGGGUGGGGUAAUUUACUAAAUGAGAGCUGAAGUUAACAUUCCAAAUUUCCAACUUUUCCUGCUCUGUCUUUACUGUCAUGAGUUUAGUUGGUCCAUGAUGCUUUCACUACAUGUAUAUAUUGAAAUUAUAAAGGAUCUUUGUUUCAUUUUGUAAAAAAAAAAUAAUUAUAUCAUGGAGCUUCUCCACAUUGUAUGCUACUAUCUUUUUAAUAUAUCAUUCCUUAUAUCCCAGAUAACAACAUAUUCUGGCAUUGACACUUUUCGGAUUGCUGAAGGAUAUUUCUACUAUUUUUGAUAUUGUAAUCUUAUUCUUCAUGGGAGGGGGAUCCAAUUCGAUAUAGGUUCAAAUUAGAUCCAUUUCAAUGAGCAUAGAAUUAUAAUAACAGAGUGAUAGAAAAGGGAAAAAAAAAUACAAGGAAAAUAUAAUCUCAUUCAACACCCCCCCUCAAGCUGUUGAGUAGAUAUUAUCCGUUCCUAGCUUGAAAAUAAGUCCCUAAAAAUAUCAGAUUGCUCAAGCCCUUGGUAAGCACAUUUGGUUGCUGAUCAUGUGAUGAUAUAUAUAUGGUGUACAUAUAAUACAAAUUUCUAGCUUAUCCUUGACGAAAUGCUGAUAUAUUCCAACAGCAUUUAUGAGCCAUAUUGAUGACUAAUUUAUUAUCGUAAUAAAUUUUGAUAGGAUCACUCAAUUCAAUCUUCAAAUCUCCUAGAAUGUCUCUUACCCAUCGCUUGAAAUUCAGACUUUGCAUUUUGUCCCUUAGAAACGUAAAUAGCCAGAGGUAGACAUUCUGUUGAUAAUUGAUCCUACUGUAAAAAAUUUAAAGGCUCGUAUUUGCAUUAUUCUGGAAUAAAAUCUCUCCCAGUUGUUUCUUUGCAAUUAACAUAACACUCUAUAAGCUGGUGUAAAUAAAUUUUCCUAAGGUUAUCAUGAAUUGACUUUGAACUCGCACUAACUCUGCAAUGUUUGGUAUUAAUAUCAGACAAAUCAUUCUGUCAACUAACUGUUGAUAUAUUUCUCGGUUAACCACGUUAUCUUCCUUUGUGUUACUGAGUGUAUGUAUUUGCUAGUUUACAUAUAGUUUUAUCAAUACCUUGGAGAAGAUCUGUAAUAUAUUUGUGCUGUGAAAUAAAGAUAUUAAAUUUUGUGUAUGCCACUUUGAUUAUGAGGAAAUACCUUAAUUUUUUCAAAACUUUGAUGUCAAAUUCUUUUAAUAACUGUUGUUUCAGGAGUUUUGCGUCCCCUUUAUAUUCAACAUGUACAAGUAACUCUUGUAAAUCUGUCAAACCAUGCUCUAGGUGAUUGUUAGAGUUUGUACAAUGAUUUUUUUAAUCUACAUAUUGAAUAAACAUUUGACUUCUUUUGAUAUCUUAGUGAAAUAUCCAUAGAUACCUCUUUUUCUUAAUCCUCGUGUAGAAAAAUAUUUUUAACAUCAAAUUAUUGUAGGUUCCAUCCUUAGUGUGCUACCAAAAUAGUUUUAUAAUGUUCUUUAGAACUAUUGGCCUUAUAUUUCACAUCAUACACCCACUUGCAGCUAACAUUUUUUUUCUAAAGCCCUCAUCUCUUCAUCCGUAGCUUAUAGAACAAAGUGGAUAAAAUUGCAUGGUGUCUAGGGUCAUAAGAAAGACUCUAUAAGAUGGUAAAACGUGCUUGCAUAAUAGUUUUCUUGCACCCUAAUUCUUUUUCUAAGAACAAUAGGAAGCUUUUCAUCAUCAUUGUUAGGUUAUGGCUCAAUAAUGAUCGUCAGAGAAGACAAGGGUAGUGUUUCAUUGGUGUGGCCAUUGUGUGGGCAAGGUUCAUGGCUUUGUCUGGAUUCAAAGGUUUUCCCUCUUCUUUGAGAGUAUACUUUGCAGUUCAUGUCAAAGAAGGAGAAUAAGUUUUUACUCUCAGUGGGAAGUAUAAAUUUUCUUAAUUCGUAUUUAUCAUUGUUAUUAUUGACCAUACUUAGAUCUUCAAUAUAAGGUAUUUUGAAAUAAGGUUCAUGUUUGUUGAAGGUUACAUGUAGCAUUUUAUAAGGUUACAAGGAAUUUUUUUGACAAGGGUUGAUAGCAUUUAUACCCCUUUCGAUUUCUACAAGAAGACACAUUUUAGGCCUUAAGAUCUAGUUUUCCUCGAGUUUGAUCAUGAAUAUAGAUAAGAAAUACACGGCCAAAAAUUCUAGGUACUAAGUUAUUUUUGAAUUUGACAUUUGGAUAAUGUGAGGCUAAUACUUCAAGGACUUUUGGACUCUAAUACUUGAGUUGAUGGAUGAUUUAUCAAAUGGAUAGCUGUCAAGACUGAUACAACUGACACACUAGCCCUAAACUUGAUAAUUAUACCAGUCUAGAAAGACUUAGGUGGGCUCGUUCAGCCCAAACUAUUAGAUGGGCCAAUCCAACUCAGGCUCACUGAAUUACAUAACCUAACAGCCCUCCUCAAGCUUGUUACAUGUAUCAUAUUCUCCUCAAUUGUUCCAUAGAAAUUCCACCCUAUGACCAUUUAGAGUUCUGGUGAAUUUCAGCAAGUUGAUCUUUGGAGUUAAAAUUUACAAUGGCGAUUAUUGUGUUUCUCUUUGAUGAAGCGACAGUCACUACUUCAAUGUGUUUUGUCCUCAUGAAAAAUAAAGGAUUAGAGGCAAUAUGGAUCACUGCCUAGUUAUAACAUUUGAGCUCUAUAAGACCUAGAUGAGGGAAGCCAAGUUCUUUAAGAAGAUAUAAGUUCACAUAUAGUGUGCAUGCACUAUUGUCUUGUAUUCUGUUCAGCACUUGAUCGUGAGAUUACAGAUUGUUUCUUACUUUUCUAAAACAGGGUUGCCACUAUGAGAAAUAUAAUAUAAGAUAUUGCCUUAUCAGCAUCUUAAAAGCCUUGGACAAUUGGAUGACCUAGUUUUGCUUACCUAGAUUUUGUUGUACAACAGUCCUUUACCUAUAUUUCUUUUGAGAUAUCUCAAUAUUUACAUAAUUGCAUCUAGAUGUUUGUUGUACUGUCGUUAUAUGAAUUGACUAAAUACACUAACAUUAAAAGAAAUAUUUGUUAGAGUGAUGAUCAAAUAAUUCAAUUUACCAACUAGACGUCUGUCUGUACCUCAGAUUCUCCAAUACAUGAGUGGUAGUUGGUUUUGUACCUAACAUAUCAAUUUCUACAAGGAGAUUAAGGGCAUACGUUUGCUGGUUAAUUGGAAUCUCCUUGGAUCAGAAAACCUCAACCUCAACCUCAACCUCAAUCCCUCAAUCUCCUUGGUUAGAAAUUGCACUUGUAAGAAUUCUUCGAGUUGAGAAAUGCCUACUUGAUCAAAUUUCUUUGACCGUGGGAAUACAUAGAAAAUUUUCCACUAAUUUUUGGACCCAUGGUGCUCGGCAGCUAUGAUUUAAUGAUUGCCUCCUCUUUCCAUUGGCGAUAUUGGAGAUCAGUAACAUCAAGAGUGAGACCAAUUAAGUGAUUGAAUUUUUCUCUCUUCAUGUCAACACUACUAUAUAUUCACACCACCAGGGUAAGUGCCUGCCACCUAUUCUGAACCGUGCAGAAAUUUUAUGCAAUUUUAAAUGUAGCAUAGACUGGUCUAAUACUGGGUGUCUGUACAUAGAAACGAUGUCUACAACGUUAGACAUAAAAUAUUGUGUGAAAAUAAAUUGUUCCAAUUGGGACGAAGGUGAUAGGUGUAACUGCCAAGAACUCUCAUUCUUCUCUUUUUACCAAAUCUUAAGAAGGGGAGAAACAGUUUUUAACACUUCCUAAUUAGCUCUUUAUGGGUGAAAUAUGAUUUACAGGCUUUGAAGAGUGAAUCAUUUUUCAGACUGAAUUACAAAGGGCAGAUGGUCCCAGUUCCACAUGUCCUGGCUCUGUUGAUUCUCUGGGUUAUUUACCCUUAUUUCCAAUGACUGAGGAUACUUCCUUGUGAUUUAGUCUGGAAUACCUUACUAUGCCAGUUAUCUUAUGGCUUUCAUACUCAUAAUAAAAAGAGCAUCUACUUUUCUAGUCCACAUAUUUAUUUCAUUUAUUUUUUCUUUUAUGGCAGCUUGAGCAGGAGAUUUUAAAUUUUUCAGAAGGUCUAAGAACUAUCGGACUUAAUCCAGAUGAGAAGAUUGCAUUAUUUGCUGAUAAUUCUUGUCGAUGGUUAGUUGCUGAUCAAGGUUAGUAUUCUUUUUUCUAAGUUUAUAUUAUAAGUGGCCAUUAUUUUUCAAAGUAGGUGCUUAAUCUUUUCUUUAUUCUAUUAUUUAUACUCUAUGGUCGAGUGUUUGGUUAAUUACUUUCCUUGUCAUCAUUUGGCCACCUUUUACAUGAUUAGGAGCUAGUGUGUGUUCAGUUGCUGGGCACUUCAGGAUAGUACUUUCUCAUCAUCACUUCGGGCUCAUGCAUAAUACUACACAAGAGACCAACGGGUGACUUAUCGGAUUUUUUUUUUGCCAUUGUCGUCCAUAGUCAAUGUGGAAAAUCGUAGAUUUGGAGGAGAAACAAGUAAAACCUGAAAACCCUCGGUGAGAUAAAGGGGAGAAUAGGUGAAAUAGACUCCCAAAACCCAUAGGCCAAAUAGCAAAUAAUCUUUUAUUUCGAGCACAUUCAUGCUAAAGGGCAACAUUACAUAUGAGCUCAGUAGUAGAUGUUAUAGCGAGCCUAAAAUGAACCUGAGAUUUUAAGAUCCCGAGAGGAAAACAGAUGACUCACAAGCACCUUUAGAUCUGGCUGGUGGGUAAUGUCUUAAAAAGUGUAUACAAAUAACUUUGAAAUAAAUUCAAGUAUAUCGAAUAAUGUACUCAAGGAAAACAAGCCCAGUUAGUUCAUUCGAACAUUUCGUGUUGUAAGGUUUGAUUGGUUGGAAGGUGAUGAUACUGGUCUAAGGUAUCAGAUGUGUGAGGUUGGUGGCCGUAUUUACCUGAAUCGUGAUAGGCAGUAUGAAUAAGAAUAGAGUGGAAGAGAGAAACAAUGAUGCUUACUGAUGUAAUAUGGGAAAGGGAAUUGACUUGCGUCGUUGCCACUGGUUACAUAUUGGACAAGAGUUUCCUCUGCCCUAAAAUAACGAAAAAGUAAAUAAAAGACCACUGCAAGUUACUGUUUUUCCUGCUCAAGACUUUCAAUUGUACGCAUUGCAACUUGUAUAGAGGGAUAACAAAUCAAUGGUAAUUCUAUUUUAUGAUGUCCAUUAUCUUUAUUUGGUUUGACGUGGCCAUCAAUUCACCCUAACUACCACUCAAGCUCGUCAGAGUCUUGUAUGCUGCAGCAAGAACAUCAGCAAAGUAAGUCUCAAUAAGCACAUUCAAGCCAGAGAAGGAAGAUUCUAACUCUCCAUAAGCUUAGGCGAAAGCUUCCGAUUUUUUUUUGGGCAUCCAGAUCCAACACGAGUGUCGGCUCAUCAAACUGGAUCCAAGAGGUACCUACUUCCUUAAGCUCAGCAAUGACUUCCUUGUAUACAGGGAGAACAUUUGGCAGCAAAGAAAGAGGGGAGAAGGAUUUCUCAACUCCUUUUGCUGGCUUUGAGGUAAGUCAUAGGUCCAAUGAGCACUGGAACAGUAUCCACCCCAAGCGCCUUGGCCUCUUUAUACUCAGACACAGCCUUGUGGGAGCCGUAGGAGAACUUUGUGUUUGGCCCAAGUUCCAGGACGAUGAAAUGGUAGUUAGUGUCGAACCACUUGGUCAUCUCCAUAGCAGGCAGAGUGCCAUUGCCCCUAGCCAUGGAAAAAGUAGAUGUCAUGUCCAAUCUUUCCACUAGUGUAGCCAUAUCUGUCAGGAGCGGCCCCAAGCAUUGCCGUGGUGUAAAGCACCUGGUCGUAGAAUGAGAAGGUGUUACUGGGGAUGCACUUAAUCCCAGCAUCAGACAUCUGCUUCCAGAUGGAAGACCUCAGAUCAGCAUCAACUUUCUGCAGAUCCUCAGUAGCAACUUUCUGCAGAUGGAGUCAUGAGGUAGGUGACAAGGUGGCACCAAGCAUGCAGAGAGUACCCCUCUGCUUGGAGAUCUGCAUAGUGCCAAGAUCUGAUGCAAAGGCUCCCACCUAUAACGAUUGAUGUGACGAUGGGGCUUAGCUCUCAGGAGAGGUGUAGGCCGGCAACCCUUCCACCGAUCGAGUAAUGAACUCGCAAAGGAACUAGAAGGUGAAGACCUUUUCGAUGAAAGCAGAGGUGAGCAGCCAAAUACCAUACAACAUAAACUAUAGCAAAGUGGACUGUGGAGAACCUUGGUCACCAGACUAGGGAAGACAUAGAACUGAUGCUGAAUAGAGGGAGACAGACUGAGGAGGACGGAGUACGACACUGAAUUGAGACAAGCGUGGAUAAGAGGUUGAUUUUACCUCUCAUAAAAUGCUGAUGAAGGUGGAAACAACGGUAAUGGACCUAGAUAUUUAUUCAGCCUCUAGACAGAAGGCUUGAUGCAGACAAAAAUGACGGCAAUGAAUUUGAAGAUGUCGUUGACGAACUUGCUACUGAUGAACUCAAAUACACUGCCAAAUGACAGAUGAAGAUCAGUGCUCUCUCGCCGUAGAACUGGCUCGCCGGGAACCUCGCCGGAAGAGGUGAUGACAGUGAACUCGUCGUCCCAGAUUAGAGGACUGACGAAAGUAUAACCGCUCUAAAUGGCGGAAAGAAAAACCGGCUCGAAAUGGCAGGAUAUCACGCCUUUAAACGGCGGAAAGAUAACACGCCUCCAAUGGCGCAAUAAGUGCAGCAAGAUGAUGCCAGAAAGGCACUCGGCAGAGGCGGAAGGCCUCGCCGGAAAGGCACUCGGCAGAGGCAGAGUGCCUUGCCAAAAAGAUACUCGGCAGAGAGGGAAUGCCUCGCCAAAGGUACUCGGCAGAGGUGUCAGGCCUCGCCGGAAGGAUACUCAGCAGAGGCGGAAGACCUCGCCGGAAGGAUACUCAGCAGAGGUGGAAGGCCUCGCCGAACAAAGAGGGGUUUGAAACCCUAACCUGUAACCUGUCUGUCGCCAGAUGUUAGUGGUGGCAUCGACGCUCCCCUAGACAAGCGACGUCGAGCAUAACCGACGCGGAACAGAGCUGGCAGCAGCAGCAGUGGCGCUCCCUCAGGUAGGAGACGCCAAACAGAGGCGGCAGCAAGAGUGGUGGAGGCGAUGGCGCUCCCCCAGAUGACAGAAGUCGGACAGAGCCGACGAACCUUAGCGGAAUGAACCCGCUCUGAUACCAUGUUGGAAAUAGAGAAAAAACCUCGUCACGAAGGACAGAGGGGAGAACGGCGGAAACCGCCUCAAGAUUCUUGCAACUGUGACCCCCAUUAUAUAGGGUAACGAUACAUAACUUUUACCAAAACACCCUUAAAUAAUUACACUAUUUCCCUACGGCCUAGAACUUCCAACACUGUGCAUCUACCCCGUAUUUUGAGAUGAAGGCAGUGUGGGCUGUUAUACUUGUGUAAUCAAUUGAGUUAUUGACUGAAGUUCUGCAUCACCUGCUUUGUGUAUCAAGACAUUAGUUUUGUUAGAUGUCGGACAAUCACAUUUCAUUAAUAAAACAGAUCAAUCCAGAAUAGUCUGUGUACAGAGGUCUGGGAACAACUACCGAAACGGUUCCAGAACUAUGUUGUAUUUCCCCAUUGAGAUUGAUCUUCGAAAGAAAAUAAUUAACCGAUUAUAUUCAAGUUUGCAUCCUUCAUCGGAAAGCAACCUUGCAAGUUCAAUGUAACAUUGUCUUGUUGAAAAGAAACUGAUCCUUCAUACCCCCUUUGUAUAAGCUUAUUUUUUAAAAGGAGCUUCUGCUUUCUUCCUUCACCUGCUUGUCCAUCUGUUCCUGCUAUUAAUUUCCAUAUAGAGUUUGUGAAGUCGUAGAGGUGUUUUGCCUGAAUCUCCGUUCAACCUUGGACGAGAUUACCUCCGUAAAAAUGUUAUUUCACAUGAUUAAUUUUCUGAAAAGAGAUUCAAUCUACUACCGUUCCUGUGGUAUUUUUGGCUUAUAUGAUGCAAAACUAAAUAACUUCCUCGUUUCUAGGCCUCUGAAACCAUUUUACCAAAUGAACAUUCCUCUGUAAAGUCUUUGUCUGUUCUUUUCAAUGCUUGUUGGUAUCUUUUGUGCUGGCAUAAACUGUUGACAACGUCCGUCUUUUACCAAAUGAACAUUCUAUUUUUCUAUCUUUUUUAUCUAUACAAUUUUCGCCAGUAAUAACCUUUGACAAUCCACAAAUUCUAGUCCCACAUUCGUUGUAGGCAAUUGAUCAACUUAAUGGUAUUAAAGGUUUCCUUAUAGUGGUGUCCAAAUAAGAUGGUCUCACCUGUGAUUGGGGGGCGGGCUGGUAUUCUCCAUUCUUGUCUUCACUUCCUUAAUGAAACCUUUAGGACUGGUCUUACUCCUACCACUGAGAUUUUGGACCAUUAACAAGAGCAAGUAUGACAUGGUCUCUCACUGAGAAAAAAUUGUAAAAUCUUGCUGUGGAUGUAGAACUUAAAACACCAUUUUUCCUUUUUUUCUUUAAUCUCAUGGUCAUCCAAGUCCUAUUUAUCACAACUCGGCUAAAAUUAACUUGCAUCUUUCCUGGUAAUGGAUGGCUUACAUAUACUCAGGGAACUGCCCCUGCCUAUAUCUUCUUGAGGGAAGCGCAUUGCUUCUGAAUUCUGGUUUGUCCAUUGUCGCCAAUCAUUCAACCAUCAUAUUGGCAAUCCUGUAGCACUUGUUAAUCAAGAAAAUGGGUCUAAAGCCUGCUACAUUCACUUGGUAGCGUUCUCUCUCAAAAUCCCUUACUGUAGGCAUUUGGCCAUCCUUGACCAUCUGAUAGUGCUUAAUAAAACCCUGCUGAAGCUUCAGCAGAUCAUAGGGAUCCAUGAACAUCCAUGCAUUGUGAAUGGCAAACUGAUGCUUCCUCCCUAUGCUAGGGUUUCCAAUUUUCCUUAGGCUCGUCUGAAUUGUAACAUUCAUGAUAUAAUAAACAUCCCUUCCAUCCUUUUUAAUGGGUUUAAAAGUUUUCAAAAUCUUAUUCUUUUUGUUGCAACGUCAAAAUGUGAUGUGGUCUCUUCUCCUCUUCUUGUCCAAUUUCAUCUGCUUUUUCCCUGUGCUUCAGAUCCUCCUGAUGUAACGGCCCCAAGUUUCUUUGUUUCCUGCAAUGUAGAAAUGUUAACAAUAUAUGCAGCGUGUUGGUCUUCUUUCUGCUCAAAUUACUAGUUUUCUUGUUUUCCUUUUGGUCAUGAUUGACUCCCCAUAUCUGCCAACACCAGUGUUUCACAUUGUUCCACACCCAUCCCUUAUAUUUGGGUUCCCAUAUAUGGGCAGGCCUGUCCAUCAUCCUUCAUUAACUAGUUCUAUAAAUCCGUUGAGUGCUCCUGUAGUUUUCUCUCGAGUCUAAAAAUGUGUCUUUAUUUCCUAUAUAGUUUCUUGUAUUUGAUGGAAUGAUAGUGAUCUGAAGUAGUCCUUGAAGAAACCUUUGCUUCGAUCUACUAGGGUUUCCGAUACGAUCUCACAGAAAAAAGAUGGACGUGACCUAUAGAGGUGCAGGGUUCUCAGGGCGGAGGUACGUCUAAAUUUUUCUUCCAAGAAUAGAAUUUCCCAGGUAAAGACAGUUUCUUGGUAUGAUUAGUUAACCAGUAAGGACACCAAUUGUCACGUCCUGCCAUUAUAAGAAAAGCUUGGUCGAUGGUGUAAUUGUACUUGAAAGUACUAUUGUGUUAGAGAGCACUGUUGACAAAAAUAGAUAUUUACAGAAACCGAGGCUGAUGUUAGGACAGUUCAUGGGCAGAGAAAAUAGGCUUCAGUCUUCUAAGCUCAAGAGUGUUGUACUAUCUUAUCAAUGUUAGGUUUUGACGUCCAAAGUGAAAAAAAACCGGGCUCCUCUUUGGGUUUCUUCAACUAUUGUCUCUCUUAGUUUACUUUGUUGUAAAAAUGGGCUUAUAUAUACUUCUUAAAAAGCAUCAUUUUGUUAUUUUAGUUUUUUGCCUAACGGCUUUUCCAGUAGAUCAGCUGACUCAGCUGAACCAAUCCUGAUCUGGGCUGGAAUAGACUUGGCUGAUUUGCCAGACAUAUGAUUUGGAUCACCAUGUAGGCUAGGAAUAUCCACGAACGAGGCAUUCACUCUUGCAAUUAAUGUAUAUCGCAAAUCUGCUGCAAUAGUCUGAGUCAAUGCUAGAAAAGUCGUCUCCUAUUCUAUGUUCUGCAUAAUAUUUGAAUAUCCGGUUUACUGUUUGUGCUUAUUUGAAAGUUUAAAGAAAUCCCUACCCAUAAUCUCUUUUAAUUAUUGGGCAGUCUUAUUUUAGUCUAAACAUUGACCUAUGUCUGUUCCAGUGUGAGCAGUUCAGAGUGGACGUAUAUGUCUAGAGCUUCUGGGUCAUACUUCCUAUCCAUUAUUCAACAGUUAAUUAUUAUCGACGAAAUUUAAUUGGAGGAACACAGCUCUAUAACUUAAAAAUGGUCCUUGUGCUUUAUGAUUUCUCCCUGCUAAUGGAUCGCACAAAUUCGUUUUUAUCUUAGGCAUCAUGGCUACUGGGGCAGUUAAUGUUGUUCGUGGAUCAAAAUCUUCUGAUGAAGAGAUAUUGCAGAUAUAUAGUCAUUCCGAAAGGUGAAAGCGACCGUUCAAUUCUUUUUGCUGGCUGUUAGGUUCAUGGUUGUGUCUUCUAAAUUAUGUCUAAAUGUGGCAGUACCAUCAACCUGGAGUUUCGCAAUUAUGUCCAAAAUCGUAUUGUCGACAAAAAAAAUUUUUAGGGCCUACAAUAUUUUCCUCAAUUCUUAUAUACCCUCAUUUCAUGUCUUAAUAUUUUCGUCGUUGCAACAUUUAACUGCAUGCCUAGUUGAGGUGCUACGAAUGCUAGUUUGUAAUAUGCCAACAUCUUUGGGAAUGCCAAAAAAAUGUUUCAUGUACGGCUUUGAUGUGAAACCGGAAAAGUACUACAAUUUGAAAUGACUACCAGUAGCAAAAUUUCAAAAUGAUAAACCAUACAGUUAGAGACAACGAUUGUCUUGAUAUUAUAUUUAUUGUGGAAAUUAAAAAUGCUCAUAAAGAAAUUGGAAACAGUGACUGAAACAGAUGCCACGUUUUGCAAUGUUAUUGAAAUAGAUACUUUACCUUCGGUUGUUACCGUCUCUGCUGACUCCAGUGUCCUUCUUUCAGAUAUCAGAACCUGUGUCUCCACUCCAUUUUUCUGUUGUAAUAAUAUGAAUCAAAUCAGAAUAAAGCUUAAACAUCCCAUUAUUAUGAAGUAGCAAAGAAUCUCCCUUGAUGUUCUAAUUUGGUUUCUUCAUAUUGACUUUUAUUUUUCCUCCCAGUGUUGCUGUGGUAGUGGACACUCCAGAAUUUUUCAAUAGACUAGCAGAAAUACUGUUUCCAACAGCUGAGAUAAGAUUCAUCAUAUUACUAUGGGGUGACAAAUCAAUUCUGGACAGUAAGAUGCUAUCCAAGAUACCAAUUUUUAAUUACGAGGAUAUUGAAGACUUAGGUGAAAAAAGCCGUGAUUCCUUGUUGAACUCUAUGGAGAGAGGUAAAUUCAUGUAUAACAUUUUUAAUAUGACAUAAAAAUUAGUAAAUCAUUUGACCAGAAAACCAUAAUGUCAAAGAUAUUCAUCUCUGUUGUCCUGGCUAAAUUAAUCUAAUGUAGUACUUAUGAAUUUUGAAUUUUUCAUACUUGCAAUUAAUUAAUGUUUUUGUCCAUCGACAACUCCAUGGAAAUGGUCAAGAUCAUUUCUUUUUAAAAAUAUCUCUAAAUACCACAAGAACAUAAAUUUUAUUGAUUAUUUCAAUACCUCACUAUACAGUUGAGCAUCUAAGUUAAAUUUAAACUUUUUUGCAUAGAGGUUCGAUGAUGAUCACUUAACAAUAGGAUUUCACUGCUUGUUAUUUUCAUUUUUUUUGCUGAUUGUUACCAUGGUUGGACGUCAGUUCAAACUAAACAAUUCUCUGGGGAAGACACGAGUUGUCGUAGACUUUGAGAAACUCUUAAAGUUCUGCAAAAACUCCUUUUUCAAAUUAGAUAUCCUACGCCAUGCCAAUGUUGAGCACCGUAGGCUGAGUGCAAAUAAUGAUGCCGUAAGUUAUUUGAUAUGGGAUACAUCAUACAGGUGAGUGAUUUUAAGAGAAAUCAGUUAAUAUCUAUUUAUAUGAAGCUUGGCCAAACAAAUAGAUAUCCUUCUUGUGUCUUGCUUAUAGAGCCAGACCUACAUCGUGAGAAGCAAGAAAAUUCCUCUGACUAUGGUAGUUGUUUCUUAUUUGUUAAGAAUGAACUCAAAUAGGGAAUAAGGAUGUAGGGCUGGUGAGAACUUAAAGUUAAGUCUAACCAACAAUAAGAAGAUAGAUCCUUGAGUUAAUUAGAAUGUUCAGAAUAGGAUUGACAAUUAAUAUAAAUGGAAUCUAUGGAUGGAGACUUGUAGAUGGCAAUAUUGGAACAAAUAGCCUGGUAACUAUGCUCCCCUCAGAGAGAUGUAGAUAACCCACUUCAGGGCCUAAAGGACGAUAGGAAUCAAGAAUAAGGAUGAUAGGAUGUAGCUUGAUACUUUGGGGCCUUGAUAUCACACCAGCGGACCUUUACAACGCACUUUGAGAGAGACCUUAGAGCAAAAUUUUCGAUAAAAAGGUUUUUUUUACAUUAUGUUCAGUCUCCUUUGUUUGGGCCUAUAAAUCCCGACAGUUCUCAUUACUAAUGGGCUUAAAUUUCGGCUUUAAUAGGCCUCAAUUCCUAGAAAUGGCCAAAAUAGUGAAAGAGAAACUUCGGCUUAAUAACCUAGGAAAGUCAGCAGAAGUAUUUUAGAAGGGUUUCUUAUUUUAAUAACACAGAAAUAGAGAUACGUUUUCAGUAUAUUUAAUAACCUAACAUGCUUCAUUGUCUUCACUGUCUUCACUGUCUUCACUGUCUCUAUUGCUGUGUUACCCAGCUUCCUAAAUCAGCAAAAGUAUAGAAAACGUUUGGAAUACCCUAGAGUCUUUAACAGACCUCAAAUAACCCUGAAAUUGGCCAUAGUGAAAAAUAUAAACUUCGGUUUAUUAACCUAGGAAAAUCAGAAAAGGAAUCCCUAUUACAUUGUUCACCAAGUCAUAUAACCAUUUCAAUUUUAGGACCAGUCCUUGACCUCAGGGCCCAUUAUCCGAUGUCUUUGCCAUAGAAUAAAAGGUAGACUAUGUGCUUCUUUCAAGUGUAGACCUUGACCAGUGCAUGGCGUUGGCUCGAUUUCUUCAUUACUUUACCAUGCGCAAUCAUGUAAUCACAUAAUACUUAAAUGGAGCACUUAGGAUCCCAAGGAAUCCUUACUGUUGACAUUCUCAUAGUGUACCUUAGAUAUUUUAUUGAGGAAAAUUGUGCAAAAUUACCUGGCAGGUACCUAGGAAAGCUUCUCAAGUCUAAUUACAGAGCCUUCUAGUGGAGAUAGAUGAGAGUGGACGCUCCUUGCCCUUGGUGGCUAGUACACGACAUUCUUCACCUGAUGUAAUAUGCUACCUUAGGCAAAUGGUGUGGUUUCUUUAAAAUUUUCCUCAUGAUAUUUACGUCCAGUUAUUUAACGGGGUUUCCAUGAUUGAUGAAGAUUUUAUCUUGGAUUUUUUUUGCAAAAUUUAAAAACACAGUACUUACGUUUUAGGUCAGCAUAGUUAUGAAACCAUUCGCCCUGAUGAUGUGGCAACACUCGUUUACACUAGUGGGACAAGUUCAACACCGAAAGCUGUAAUGCUUACACAUCAGAAUAUUUUGCAUCAGGUCUGAGUAAUUACAGUCUGAUUUAUUUUUUGUCCAUACUCUUUGAUUCUGUCGCUGCAUUUCCAUUCCGAAAGUUUGCAAUUUGUGUCUUUUAUGUGAAUGUUACUAUAACUGUUGUACAGAUAUAUGCUUCAAACGAAACGAGGAUGAAAAUGAGGACUCAUUUUGGUGGUGAGAUAGACAAGAUAAUAGGAUAGAAUCUCUUAAUACUCCUGAGAUUCGUUGUAAGGGGAAUGUUGUGUGUAUAGGCUCUACAAUGCAGCUUCAGUAGACCCAAAGUGGAUCCGAGACCCAAUAGGUUAGUGGCCCCAAACAAGAUCCAAGAUUUACUAGCCUCAACUAACUGUUACAGAAAUAAACAAAGAGAGGACAACGGGUUCUCUAGAAGAAGAUGAGUAAAGUGCUGGUAAUUGGGAACUAGAGUCAGGUGUUGUCUUAGUCUAAUGUCAUCCUCCAUCCUCCUCAGUUUGACUUCUUUUGUUCUGCAUAAGUUUGACAUCCUCCCUAGUCUGACUACUAGAGUCUCCCACAGUCCGUACAGUAUGACAACAUCUCAUGCAGUCUAGCAUCAAAAGGUAUCAUUGUCCUAUGAAAUAAUUUUACAAUAUCACAACUUAGUAGAAGAGGAGUUUUUCGACGUCAUCACAAAAAGAGCUGUUCCCACAAUAGAUCGUCGCCGUUAUAAAUUCACUUUCCAACAAGUGAAUGCUCAUCAACAACUUGGUCAAAUUGAACUUUGAAAAAGUUAAUCUUAAGAAGUGUUGAAAGUUCUAGGGUAUAAGGAAAUAAUGUCAAAGAUUGAGGGUAUUUUUGGGAGAGUUUUUUAAGGUUCCUCCCUAUAUUAAGGGUGUAAGAGGUGAAUGAAGAUUGAGGCAGCUUUUGCCAUUCUCCCCUCUGUCCUUCAUGACAGGUUUUUCUCUGUUUUCUAGAAUAGGCAUCUCAAAAGCACACAGUACCGUGGCUAGCUUUUUCCUACUGAAAGACCCUUGAUUUUUUCUUAGUAUGAUAUUGCUAAUUCCGGUAGUUUUAGUACAAGUAGACGGUCCACCAUCAGGUGGGGUUUCUGAUUUCAUGGAAAUGAUAAUGGAAUGAUCGAGUCAAAAAAUCAUCAGAGCCAGAAUACAGACCAAUGUUUUCUGUUUUUGUUGAGACUAUGUAGACCUUGGGAUUUCUACAAACUAAAAGAAACAUCAUUACGUGAUGAUAGUGCCAGUACAGCCAGCAUUUAUGAAAAUGUUGUUUUCACGACAAAAUCAAGCAUAUUAUGAUUGGUUGUGCCAAGUUCACAAUGCAUACAAUUGGCAGUAAAAUGCCCCAUUAACAUGGAAAAUGUUUUCCUCGUGAUGUGGCAUUGUUUAAAUAGGAAAUUAGAAGCAAUCCAGUUGUCUCAGCUGAUCCCCAUAUCUUAUAAAUUUCUUCUGAAAUGUCAAACUAUCAUUUCAUGGAUUUACCCCGAGGAUAUCUAUUAUUGAGGAAUCUUUAGGUAUUUAUCUUCAAUCAUUAUUUUUAUGAUCUUAACUUCAGGAAGAUACAGUGUCAAUUUUACAAAUUUACCUUUUGUAUCCUAAUACGGCCCUGCCUUUUACAACUUGAUUUUGUUAUUUUUCCUUGUUGACAUUCAAUUUCUAUCCAUUUUUCUUCAGAUAGAGAACUUGCGGGAAAUUGUUCCUGCAGAACCAGGUGAUAGAUUUCUAAGCAUGCUGCCACCAUGGCAUAUGUAUGAACGUUCUGCUGAGUACUUCAUGUUUUCAUGUGGAAUACAACAAGUGUACACAACUGUGAGAAAGUUGAAGGUAUUGUUCGAGAAACCAAGCUGGUGAUCUCAUGUUUGGAAGUAUAGGCCAAUGACAUCGAUAAGAUUAUUUCGAAUCAUUUUUCAGAGAUGCCUAUGUUCUACAAAAUAGAAUGUGAAAUGGGACAUUUAGCCUUUAACUUAACUAUACUAAUUUUGAACUUGGCAGGAUGAUUUACGGCAGCAUCAACCCGAUUAUAUUUUUUCUGUUCCUCUGGUUUAUGAGACACUUUACAGGUUUGUGCUGUUAAAAGGUUUGCAUAUAUUUAUUUUCUAAUUAAAUUGUUGAUUUCCAAUAUGAUGAUAAUUUAUUAUCCAGCAUAGACAAAAAAGUGAUGAUCAGUCCUUUUUCCUUUUUUCAAUAUGAUGGUAAUAUCUUAUGUUACGCAGAACAAGUUUUUCUAUAUUAGGCUUUCCUUCUAUUUUCCUUUCUGUCCUAUUAUUAGAUGUAUAUCCUUUUUCGUGUUUCAGUUAUUAGACCUUUCUGGAAUACCGGAGAGGUUUAUUAGAUGCCAAUAUAAAUAUUGGUGUACUGCCUUGAGAAGGGCUAAGUCAGUUUUUCCCUUUCUUGCUUCCAUUGUAUUAACAUGGUAUUAGAGCUUUCUCUCUGAUCCUGCGUGAAGACCGCUGAUGAAAGAUCAACCAACCAUGGUGGCGACAACAACUCCACACUGUAGGGAGUGUCGCCUGGUGAUCUUCUUCCUGCCUGCAGUACCUGAAAUUGUGAGGUUUCUUAGUCAUAAGCAGACCGGAGGAUUCUUUGAAGAGUCACUAUACCAUUGCUGUUUCUUGACAAUGAGGGACAUCUACAGAUACACCAUUGUCAAUUCUUGACGGUGGCAGGACAUCUACGAAUACAUCAUUGCCAUUUCUUGAUGGUGGCAGACGUCUGCGAAUACACCAUUGUCAUUUCUUGACAGUGGCAGUCAUCCUCAAUUUCUUGAACAGAAAUUGUUAUUCGGACCACUUCAGGGAAUCUCUGUUUGAGAUAUUUUUUUGGCUAUCUUGUCAUGGUUGAAGAACAUGGAGACAAAGGUCAGUGAAUCUUCCUCCUCUGGCCUAGGACAUUCAUUUGAAGUAAUUAAGGUAUGUUUAGAUCUACCUAAAAUUGCUGAGAGAUUUCGACUUGAUGGAAUCAAUUCGUUCCAAUAGACAUCAUAUGUUGAAUUUAUUCUACAUGGGAGGAAUCUGGAUCAUCACUUGACACAACUCUCGCCAAGUACGAUUUUUUUUCUUGAUGGAAAGAAGCAGCAUUGAUUCAAUAUUGGAUGCUAGACAAUAUUUCACCAAAGAUAAGUGAUAGAUUUCUUUUUCUAAAACAUGUGAAGGAAUUAUGCAGCAAGGUUCGUCGUGUUCACUCUACUAAACAUGAAGAAUCUCAAAUUUAUAGAUUGGUACAAAAAUUUCUGACUUUGGUAUAAGAAACAUUGAGUGUUUUGAAAUAUGCUUGCAAAUUAGAAUCUAUUUGGAGAGAAAUCGACCACUACAGACCAAUCAAGAACCUUGAUACUCAAGAACAAAAUUAUAUCAUGAAAGGCAGGUUGUAUAAAUGUUUGAUGGGGAUAAAUUUAGCAUAUGAGACUCUAGUAAAUCAGAUCCUUGCUCGGGAAGUAGUACUAGGUAUUGAAGAGACAAAUACAUUAGCAAGACAAGAAGAAAAUACUAAAAAUUUGAAAAAUAAUUUAAAAACAGAAAUGCUGCAUUCAGCACUCUCAAGGGCAAAGAUACCUCUAUAUUGAAAAGAAGGGUAGUAAAGUACCAUUCAUCAAAGGAGACCCUAAGACUGAUCCGAAGGCACACCUAUUUUGCACUUAUUGUCGGAAAAAUCAUCAUACUUGGGAGACAUGCUGGAAGAUCCAUGGCAAACCACCGAAUUAUGGUAAGUUGUAUUUGGCUAAUGCUCAAAAUGAAGAUGGUGUUGAGCCCAUGAUUCAAGGAGGAGAGAGUUAAGACGGAUCUACUUCCUCUCAACCUUUAGAGAUUGAAAAACUCAGAGAAGAAAUUGAACAGUUGAGGAGGAUGGUCAGCUCUAGUUCCCUCAUUCAUAGGAGGAUGGUAAGUAUUUUCCUAAAUGUCUUCCAAUAUAUUUAAAUACCUCAUCAUUGGCAUCACCUUCACCUCAAAAUGUGUCCUGGAUCAUUGAUUCUGAAGCUACUGAUCAUAUGACACCAUAUACAUCACUAUUCAUAACAUACGAGGUAUGUACCAAUAAUUGGAAGGUUAUUACUACAAGUGGAGAUUUGUUACUUGUAGCUAGUAGGAUUAAUUCAUCUUGAGAAAUUGAGGUCAUUAAGAUAUGUUCUUCAUGUUCCAAGCUUGAAUGCAUAUCUAUUGUCAUGGAGAAAAUUAGGUGAAGACUUGAAUUGUCUGAUAUUAUUUGACAACGAUUUCUGUUUCUUCUAUGGCAAGACUUCGGGCAAGAGGAUUGGGCAUGUUAGAGCAUGGAAUAGACUCUACUACACAGGGCGUAUGGACAAGACAUUCUUGACGAAUUUCAGUCCAAACAUUUCUACUUCUGCUUUUGCUUCUCCCUUGAACAAAUCGUUGUUGUUGCAUUGUCGCUUGUGACAUUCAUCCAUAAAAGUACAUAGAGACUUAUUUUCAAAACUAUGUUGUGCAAUUGGUGAAUCUACUUUCAGAUGUGAACCCUGUCAAAUAGCUUAGUGAUGAAUUUCAUUUCCUCUACUGGAAAUAAAAGUGAAUCCCCUUUUUACAUAAUACAUUCUGAUAUAUGGGGUCCUUUUUACUAUUAGAUGACUGUACUAAGUUCACAUGGAUUUACUUAAUAAAAAUAAAAUCAGAAGUUAGUAGUGUCAUUCAGAGGUUUAUCAAGCUAAUUCAAAAUCAGUUCAAUAUAACUCCCAAGAAAUUCCGAUCAGACAAUACUAAGGAUUUUUUCAAUUCUAUUGUCUCCUAUUUCUUUGUUGAUGAGGGCAUUGUUCAUGAAUCUUCUUGACCCUAUACACCCUAGUAAAAUGAGGUAGCUGAAAGAAAGAUUGGACAACUGCUGAAAAUAACAAAGGAUGUCAUGUUUAGAGUCCAAGUGCCAAAGUACUUGUGGAGUGAGGCAGUACUAAUGGCCACUCAUCUUGUUAAUUGUCUUACAUCAGAAGUAUUAUUAUUUAAGACUCCCAAAGCCUUAUUGUAGGGUCAUUAUUUGACUGUGCAUGCACUAUGGACCAGAUUUACCUCUUUGAAUAUUUGGUAGUGUUGCAUACAUCCAUCAAUCUCAAAAUGGACUGUCUAAAUUUGCCCCUAGAGCCAUAAAGGUACUCUUUAUGGGCUACUUCAAUACACAAAAAGGGUAUAAAUUUUAUGACCCAAGAUAUCAAAAAUUUAUUGUGACAAUUAAUGUCACAUUUGAUGAAAGUAGCAUGUAUUUCCAGUAGAAAACAACUCAAGUAUCUAGCUGUGAUAUUUUUGUGCAAAAAAACACAAUUGACACAUUGAGAUUCUCGAGGAGAAUGAAGCUCCUGAAAUGAUACUAGUAAAUUUUCUAGCACUUCCACCUCCACCAAAUCGAUUUGGUCGAAGUUAUUAUCAAAGAAAGUUAAAGAUAAUCAGAGAUACUCAUGAAUAGGAUCUGUCUGACAUAGUAGAUGCCCAUGAACAAGAUCUGCAUGAUGCAGCAGAUGCCUAUGAUUCUAUUGUUGAAUGUGACAAUCAUCAAUUGAUCAGCAUAACCUUCUUAUUACUCAAGGAAAUGAAAUCUACCCUAUUGCUCUCCGCAAAGGAAAUUAGAGAAUGUACAAAGAAAAAGGUAGAUUCAUCAUAUAAUUAUGUAUCUUAUCAUUACCUAUCUUCGUAAUAUAGGAUGUUUAUGUUAGUUAUUGUUAAACACAAUACUCAAAACACUGAUGAAGCCUUAAGAAGCCCUCUAUGGAAAAAAGUAAUGGAUGAGGAGAUGAUGGCUCUACAGAAGAAUCAAACUUGGGAAGUCAUGCUACUUCUUAAAGAGAAGAAAACUGUGGGUUGUAGAUGGGUAUAUAUGAUUAAGUAUAAAUCUAAUGGGACUAUUGAGCGUUUUAAAGCUUGGCUGGUGGCAAAAGGCUUCACCCAAUGUUAUGGUAUUGAUUACAUGGAGACCUUUGCUUCAGUUGCGAAAAUGGGAAUAGUUUCGAUAUUAAUAUCCUUGGCAGUGCAUUAUGGAUGGUCCCUAUUACAAUAUGAUGUGAAAAAUACAUUCUUGUAUGGAGAAAUCUUAGAAAAAAUAUAUAUGGAGCUUCCACUAGGAUACAAAGACCCAAAUGAUACUCUAAAAGAAUGCAGACUUAAGAAGGCAUUAUAUGGCUUAAAAUAGUCACCAAUAGCCUGAUUUGCUUGCUUAACCAAAACAAUGAGGGCUUUGGGGUUCAAGCAAGCAAAUGGAGAUCAUAUCUUAUUUUAUAAACGAUUGAGUUUAGGAAAAAUGACAAUCUUACUAGUAUAUGUCAAUGACUUGAUUGUCACAGGAAAUGAUAUGCAAGAAAUCACUUCUCUUCAAAAACAAUUGAGGGCUGUUUUUGAUUUCAAAGUGUUGGGACAACUAAAAUACUUAUUGGAAAUUGAGGUAGCCUAUUCUCGUGGAAAUUUAUUCCUAUCUCAAAGAAAGUAUAUUAUAGAUUUACUCAACUAUACAAGCAUAAGUAACUGUAAACUAGCAUGUACAUCAAUUGAAGCAAAGCAUUGUAUUGGGGCUUCAAAGGAAAGCGAUCAAGUAGAUAAGGGCUCUUAUCAAUGGCUAGUGGGAAAAUUAAUUUAUCUAUCUCAUACUAGAUCGGAUAUUGCUUAGUCAAUUGGAGUGCAUAAGCCAAUAUAUGCAUGACCCUAGGGAGGUACAUCAUCAAGCUGCUCAACAAGUUCUAGCCUAUCUUCAAGGAACAAUUGGCAUGGGAAUCCUAUUUAAAAGGGGAGAUUCUCUUAGAGUAGACAUCUAUACCGAUGUUGAUUAUGCUGGUUCAGUUGAUGAUAGGCACUCUACCAUUUGCUAUUGUUGUCUCAUUGGAGGAAAUUUGGUCACUUGGUGAAGCCAAAAAUAAAGAGUUGUGGUUCGAUCAAGUGCUGAAGCAGAAUUUAGGGCUAUGGCCCUUGAGAUUUGUGAAGGCAUUUGGAUAAAAAAUAUACUAAAUGACUUAUAAAUACCCAUGGAAGGUUUGAUUACCUUGUUCUGUGACAAUCAGUCCGUGAUAAGUAUUGCACAUGAUUCUGUUCAACAUAACAAGACCAAACACAUUGAAGUAGAUAGAUAUUUUAUUAAAGAGAAACUUGAAUAAGAGAUGUUUUGCACAGAUCAGUUGGGUGAUAUAUUAACUUAGGGCAUUUCUGCAAGAGAGUUCUGCAAACAAAGGAGCAAGCUGGGCAUGAAUGAUAUUCAUGCACCAGCUUGAGGGAGAGUGUUAUGCAGACCAAGUUUUUCUAUAUUAAGCUUUCCUUCUAUUUUCCUUUCUGUCCUAUUAUUAGAUGUAUAUCCUUUUUCAUGUUUCUGUUAUUAGACCUUUGUAAUACUGGAAAGGUUUAUUAGACACCAAUAUAAAUACCGGCAUACUACCUUGAGAAGGGCUAAGUCAAUUUUUCCCUUUCCUACUUCUGAUGAUCUUGUAACAAUCCAACAUAGACCAAAAAGUGAUGAUUAGUCCUUGGAUCUAGGCAAAUGACAAUACAACAAAGAAAAACCAAAAUAUGUUGUUGUCUCCAUCAACAUUCAACAAUAAUGUUUUUAUUAGUCUUUUCAACUUUGUAUCUAGAGAAAGAGGGCAAAAAGCACAUGACAAUGAUCAUAGUAUGGUCUAGGGUUUAUAUUCAAACCCUAGACCAUAACAUAAAGGGUCGUAGCAUUAGUUUGGUCACUAGAAUGGGCCAUAAUGAAAGGGGCCAAUUCAAGGGCCCACUAUAUUUAACACCCCUCCUCAAACUGGAGCAUAGAUACCAUAUGCACCAAGCUUGGUACAAAAAGCUAACACUUAAGGAUCAAGAAGCGGUUUGGUGAAAAGGUUUGUAAGUUGGUUUUCAGAUGACAUUAAUAGUAGUAAUGAGUUGAGCUUGAAUUUUCUCUCAAAUAAAAUGGUAGUCAACUUUGAUGUAUUUUGUGUGCUCAUGGAAAAUAAGGUUCGAUGCAAUAUGCAUGGCAACUUGAUUGUCACAUCAAAGUUCUAUAGGACCUAGAGGAAGAAACUUGAAGUCCUCAAGAAAAUGGUGAAUCCAAAUGAGUUCACAUGUGGUAUGUGCUGUAGCCUUGUACUCAAACUCUACAAUAGAUCGUGAGACCACUAAAAGGUUUAUUAGACACUAAUGACAAGUUGUAGAUCUCCUGUCGAUACUGCUUCCAAUUCAAUUAGCAUCACGAAAAUCUUGGAUGUUCAGAUAAGGUAUCCACUAUGAUGUUGAUCCAUAAAAUGAUUUACAACACAUAGAAAAUGAGAUGUUUGGCCAAGUGACAGUCAAGUAGAGGACUUUGUCAACUAGGUGUUGAUAUUGUCUUAGAUUGUCUAAUAAUUCCUCUUCUACAUGAGACAACUUUAAAUGGGGAUCCAUAGGAGGAGUAGUUGGUUUUGCUUCAAUCAUACAUGUUUCUACAAGUAGAUCAGGAGUACACUUUCAUUGGUUGAUAAUGAUCCCUUCCCUAGAAUGAGCAACCUCUAUCCCAAGGAAGUACUUGAGAUUGUUGGGAUCCUUAGUGGCAAAUUGACUCUACAAAAAGGUGUUGAGGUGAGAUAUACCAGCAUUAUCAUUCCUAGUGAUAACGAUGUUGUUGACAUAGACAACUAAUAAGAUACACCUAGUUGAAGAGUACUGAUAAAAGACAAAGUGAUCAACACCACAUCUCUAAAGACCAAACUCACUCAAGGUGUUGCUAAGCCGACUGAAUUAUGGUCAAGGAGAUUACUUCAAACCAUAAAGGGACUUGUGUAAUUGACAAAUUAUAUUAGCCCCCAUGUAUACUAAAUCUUAGAGGUUGUGUCAUAUAUAUCUCUUCUUCUAUAAUGCCAUGAAGAAAAACAUUCAUUAUAUCAAGUUGAUAGAGAGGCUAAGAGAAGAGAACUACCAAGGUAAACACAAUACGAAUAGAGGUAAUCUUAGCAACAAGAUAGAAAGUCUCUAAAUAAUCUUCACCAUAUACUUAAGUGAAGCCUUUUGCCACCAAAUGAGCUUUCAAGAGAUUAAUUGUACCAUCAGGUCCAACUUUAACUGUAAAGACCCAUUUGCAACCAACAAUGAACUUUCCUAGAGGAUGUGAGAUAAGUUCCUAAGUUUGGUUCUUCUCAAGUGCAUCCAUCUCCUUAAUCAUAGCGGCACACCAUUUGGGAUGACUUAGUACUUCUGAAAUAGUCUUAGUAGGAUAAUGGGAUAACGUAGAUAUAAAAACUAAGUAGGUAGGGGACAAGUGAUGAUAAAAUGCAAAGUUAGACAUAAGAUAGCAUAUACAAGAACUUUUUUCUUUUCAUAAGGCGAUAGGGAAAUCAAGAUUAUCGGUCACUAAUAUGCUCGCUUCCAGUUCCUUAGACAUAGGAAGGAUUGGUUGAGAUGUAGAUGCCUCAAGAGGUGUUGAGAGAGAAUUCUGCCACGUGUACACAUGUAAUUUGAGGACAUGUAUCUUCCAGCCAAUUAUCUAAUUGCUCAGAAAUCGCACUAGGAUUAUCUACAAAGAUAGACUCUACAAUGACUAGUAGAGGUAAUGAUUCAUUUAGAGAAUUAGUACAUUGUGACAUAGUGGAGAAAGCAGUACUCUUAAAUGUCUACGAAGUGAAGGACAAUAACACAUGUAUAAUCAUUAAUAUGUAAAUCCAAAUCUUUUUGAGUAUGAGAGUAUCCUAAGAAAACACAUUUCAGAUACUUAUGACCAAGUUUAUCUCGACUUAUAUCAUUAAUGAUGGACAAAAUAUGUACAUCCAAAGAUCUUCAAUGGUACAUUGUAUAAUGAAGUAAUAGGAUAAAGAAUAGAAUAUGGAGUCUUUUGGUUGACAUUUGACUAAUUAAGUAGGUGGUAGUAAGAACAGCACUGCUCCAAAAUUCAAGUGGGACAUCCAUAUGUAAACAUAAUAUAUGAGCUAUUUCAAUGAUAUGAAGAUUUUUCUUUUCUACUAUUCCAUUUUGUUGAGUAUGAGGACAUGAUGAUUGAUGAAUAAUCAUAUGGGUGGUCAAGUAUUGUGUAAAGGAUGAACUAAAAUACUCUUUUGCAUUGUUAGAAUGAAGUAUUUGAAUAUUCUUGCCAAAUUGAUUCUUAAUUUCAACAUGAAAUGAGCAAAAAUUGAGAAAUAACUCUAAUCGGUCUUUUAUGAGAUUCAAUUAGGUAACACAAGAGUGAUCAUCAAUGAAAGUAACAAAAUAUUUAAAAUUAAGUUUAGAAGUAACUUGACUAGGACCCCAUACAUUGGAAUGAAGUAAAUCAAAAAUAGACUCUACUCUUGAAAGAGCCCUUGGGUUGAAGCUUGAAUAAUGACGUUUACCUAAUUGACAUGAUUCACACUCUAAUACUUUUAGAUAGACAAAUUAGGCAUCAUCAAUUUGAGUUUUCUUAAAAAUACAUUGCCUAGUCGACUAUGCAAAUGAAGAAGCUUUUUCCUAGUAUAGCCUCCAUCUUCAUAUCCUUCGCCAAUCCUCCUCCAUGUCUUUAGGUUGUGAAUGCAACACAAAUUGGGAACGAAGGUUAUUAUGGCUUGUAGGGAUCAAGUGAGUUUAUUAAUAGAAAUAAGAUUAAAGGAGAAUUUAAGUCUGUGCAAAACUGAUCUAAGAGGAAGGUUGGGGUUAAGAUAUAAGGACCCUAUACGUGUGGUAGGUGUAGUAGAGCCAUCUGCUAAGGUGACAGUAGAAAGACCAUGAUGACUAAAAUAGGAUAUGAAAUUAUUAGAUAUACUUGUAAUAUGAUAAGCAGCACUAGAGUCGAGAACCCAACAGGGUGAUUCACCUCAUAUGUUCAAGGGUCCUUAAUACUCUACUCAUACAAUGACCUAUCUUCCCCUCUCACACUUUCUUCCCUACCCCUCUGUCCUAUGUUUCUAUUUUCGGCUAUAAGUCUUCAUUGGAACCUUUUCAAUACUUUCCCCUAUGAUGAGCACAUUGUCCUCAAGAUUGAAAUCUGGAUACUAGUGUAUGGCUGUGGCCAGCUCCCAUGAUGCUUCGAAAAUAGACAGAUCUAUCUGUUGGUCAAGGACCUCAAGACCUAUUGGGGUGUAUCUUGUGUCAAGGAUUGCUUGGGGCUUGACAUUUCAUCCAAAGUCUACACCUAGAACUGUUGGAAGCGGUUGACUGUGGUCAUUACGGCUAAAAGCCCUACACAAUUAAGAGACAAGAAAUACAAGGUGAAGAGAAGAAGUGUGGGGAAGGUCCAGAUGAUAGGCAACCACUCCUAUUUUUUUAAAUAUCUUAUAUGGGCCAAAGAAGUGUGAAGAUGGCUUCUCAUUCAGCUUCUUGGAUAAUGAAAUUGCAUUUGGUAAGGCCUAAGAUGCAAAUACACAUUCUCCUUCGUGGAAGUUGACAUCCCAACGGUGACGAUCUACAUGAUAUUUUAUAUGGACUAGAGCUUUUCAGAUAUGGUUCUUUAGCAUCUGUAGAAUUUGAUCUUGUUCCUGUAGUAAUUUAUCUACAGUCAUGACAGGUGUAUAAGGUGAUCCAUAAUGAAAAUGUCAUGUGGAUCGUACAUUGCUUUGAAGGGUGUGGUCUGAAAAUAAGUGUGAAAUGAGAUAUUAUAAUAGAAUUCGGCCCCAUGAAGCCAUCACUCUAUGUCUUCAGGUUCUACAAUGUGAAGAAGUAGAGGUAAUUCUUCAAUCUUAUGUUGACCACUUCGGUUUGUCCAUCUGUUUGGGGAUAGAAAGAGGUGUUGUGUAAUAGCUGGGCCCCUUGUAGCUUGAAUAAAGAUGACCAGAAGAUAUUUGUGAAAAUUUUCUCUUUGUCAAAGAUAAUUGAGGAAGGGAGUCAUGGAGAUGCACAAUUUCUCAAGUAAAUAUCUCAACAUCUUUAGCUAUAAAGGGGUGCUUCAAUGAGAGAAAGUGACCAUACUUAAUCUGUCCACUACCACUAAGAUGGAAUAGUACCUUGUAGAUUUAGGAAGUCAUUCCACACAAUUUAAUGAGAUAUCCUCCCAAAUUUGUUAUGGGACUGGAGGGGUUGUAGAAGACAUGUUGGAGCUAAUUUGAUGCUUGUUUUGCUGAGAUAUAGAGCACUCUGACACAUGUUGACGAAUCCUCCUUUUCAUGUCACUCCAAUAGAAUUGGUGUGAAAUUUAUUUGUAACACGUGUCCUCUGAUGGGGUUGCCAUGAAAUUCUUUGAGAAUAGGUGCAAUGAGGUUUGAAUCAGAUGGAAGCACCAAACAAUCCUUGUGAAGCAGCAGCCCAUGCUUAACUAUGUAGUGAGGCCGGAACCCAUCUCCUUCCAAAAUUGUUUGUCAAAUCCCAUUUAUUUUAUGGUCUGCCUCCACCUUCUUGGUAAUGUGCUAGAUGUCUCUUAUAUUGUUUUGAGAGAGAGUAAUGAUGCAUAAUUCAGUGAUUGCUGGCUGUCAAAAGAGGGCAUCCAUUGUGUGGUUAUGUGUCCCUACUUUAUACUUGAUUUUGAAAUUAUAGCCAAUUAAGUUGAUCAAUAAUUUUUGAUACUGAAGUGGUACUUGAUGUUGUUGUAAGAGGUGCUUGAGGCUACUCUGAUCCAUCUUGAUAAUGAAAUGCCCAUAGGGUAAAUAUGUUGAAAUGUAGUAUAAAUAUUACAUUAGUAGUUGGGGUGGGGUGUAUCGCAUGCUUCACUUAAAGAAGCACGUGAACAUCACAUGUAUGUCUUGGAUGUAAGGCUCUACGUCUAGAACCUUCUCCCAUGGAUCUGUUAUAAAUAACAGACCCCUGCCUCAAUGUAAACUGAUCUUGAAGUCAUUUUUUCCCUCAUAUGUUUUGAAUAGAAGUUCCUUUUUUUCCUUUCAAUGAACUAGAGGAAAUUCAACAUGGUAUCAGAGCUAAUCCACGUGUGAUUACUCCUUUCUUAUUAUCUCAUUUUGUAUAAGAGAUUUAUGUUGUUUAUGUGAGCCUCUUCUUGAGGACUUGGAAGAUCAACAACAUUCUUUGAGCCCCUUCUCAAGGUGAUUAUUGAUCUUCCUUUGAAGACGUACGAGAAUUACAUUUUUUUUGUUCAAUAAGCAAUUGUUCCUAUUCCAAUUUGUUGUUUUUCUAUAUGUUUGAAGGAGGAGGGACCCAGUAGUUGAUGUCUCUACCAUCAUUAUGGAAAUCGUCAAGAUUUGAUGAUUGAACUCCUUGUCAUUCCUAUUGAAUUUAAGUAGACUGAAUAUAAUAUCAUCUAGUGGUCAAGAUAUAUUAGGGAGGUUCUUACUAGGAGAGGGAUGCUACAUCAUCUUGAGAAAACUACACUAGAUCCAAUGUCAAGGUAAUAUCAAAAAUGGUGCGAGGAGGAUGCCUUGAUAAAGAAAUGGAUCUGGGGAACAAUGAUUCCUUAGAUCAAUAGAGAUCUUUUCUUCAUGAAAACUGUAAAAGAUCUAUCGGGAAUAGUGAAAAACAAUGAGUCACACAUAUUUGAAAUCGAGAUAAAAUCUUAAUCAAUUGCUCAAGGUUCAAAAUUAGUGAUGGAGUACACAUGAGAACUUAAAAAUUUAUGGUAGGAGCUUGAUUAUUAUCUUGCUCUUGGGACUGAAGAACCCAAAGAAAUUUCUACAUCACGAAAUUUUAUAGAAUGAAGGUGGGUCUUUAAAUUUUUAGCUGGUUUGAGUCCUUUUUUUAUCAUAUCAAACAACAAAUUCUAGGACGUGAAAGGAGACUAGAUCUGAAUUAGGUGAUAUCAAUUUUAUUGAAAGAAGAGAGUCGUCGAAAAUUGAUGUUGUCUACUCAAGAGUCAGGUAAUACAUCAUUUUUAGCCAAACUAGGACACACUAUUAAAUCAACAUAAUAUUUGAAUCAUCAAUCAUCAUCUGUGCAAGAGAAGAACUAGAAAAACAAUUAUAGAGAUAAUCUUUAGUACAUUUAUUGUAGGAAACACCAUCAUAUUAGGGAGCGAUGUUAUAAACUCUAUGGCAAACCACAGAACAAUGAGAAUCAAGUGAAUCAGGUUUCACAUGGUGAUUGAUUCUUCAUCCAAUCAGAAGUCUGAACAAACAGACCCAAGAAAUAUUGAUUCAACUUCAUCAAACGAAGUAGAGAAACUUCACCUUGAAUUAGAGCAAGUGAAGGCAAUGGUAACACAAUAUUCACAACCAUCAACAAGUCAUCAAAUUGGUGAGUUCCACUCUUCUCUUAGUGUUCGAGCUCCAUCCUAAGAUAUUACUAGAUGUUGGGUAAUAGAUUUCAUAGCAAUAGAUCAUAUGACAAAUUCAUCGUAUCAUUUCAUUACCUACACCCCAUGUUCUAGUGACCGAAAAGUGUCUAUUGCUGAUGGUACACUUCUUAUGGUCACUGGUAUUGGAGACCUGACUCUUGAACCUUUAGGAAUCCUCACCAAAGUUCUCCAUGUUUCCAAACUUUUCACCAACCUUAUUUCUGUAAAAAGUCUUGUUCAAAACACACAUUAUUGUGCCUUUUUUGAUGAAGACCUUUGUGUUAUUCUUGAUAAGGUCCAGAAGCAGAGGAUUAGAGUUUCUCAAGAACAAGGAGGACUUUACAUCUUGGAGGGAUUUAGUUAAACCUGUCUUGUGGAAACGGAUCCAUCUCUAAAACAUCACAAGGUUAGGCCAUCCUUUGUUACUAUGAAGAGUUUUCGUCUGUAAAAACACUUAAGUGUGACAUAUGUGAACUGUCCAAACAUACUCGUGUUUCUUUUCCAAUUAGAAAUGAAAGGAGUGAGAUCCCUUUCUCUUGCAUUCAUAGCGAUGUUUGGGGACCAUGUCUCAAUGUAGAUCUACUAGGUAAUAGAUGGUUUGUUACCAUUGUGGAUGACUACACUUGUCGCAUGUGGGUCUUUCUUCUUAAGCAGAAAUUAGAAGUUUCAAUUGCGUUGAAACAUUUCCGUGUAAUGAUCAAAAUCUAAUUUGAGAAUCCUAUCAAGAAAUUCAGGUCAGAUAAUGCUAAGGAAUACUUUAGCGAUGAUCUGAAUUCUUUUCUUCAAGCUGAGGGCUACAUAAGUCUUCAUUUUUUUACACUCCUCAGCAAAAUGGAUUGACAAAAAGAAAAAAUCGACACCUCUUGGAGGUUACAUGAUCACUCUUGUUUUAGGUGGGUGCACCCAAUUUUUUUUGGGGUGAAGCUCUCUUCCCACUAGAGCCUUGGGUUUCCAAAGUCAAAUGGAAAAGUUAGCUUCUUAUUUCCCUCCUAAUCAUCUCCAUAUCUCAUUAGAGCCUCGCCUAUUUGGACAUGUCUCAUUCAUUACCUAACAUCACGUAUGCAGUUAGUCUCUUAAGGUAAUUCAUACAUCAGCCAAUUGAAUCCUAUCUUCAUGCUGCAUAUCAGGUGUUACACUACUUAAAGGGAACUUCUAGAAAAGGCAUUUUCUUCAAACAUAGUGAUAAAGUAACAUUUAGAUGUAUACUGAUGCUAACUACGCUGGUUCUCUUUUAGAUUGUCAGUCAACUUCAGGUUUUAUGAAAUUUGGUUACUUGGCACAGCAAGAAACAAAAUGUUGUUGCUCGCUUAAGUGCAGAAGCAGAAUUCAGGACACUUGCGCAUCAAAUAUGUGAACUACUUUAGGUGAAGAUUUUACUCAUUGACCUAAAUAUUCAUAUGAAACUCUAAUGUGACAAUAAAUCUGUAAUUAAUCUUGUGUACAAUCCUAUUCAACAUGAUAUCACAAAGCAUGUGGAGAUAGACCGUCACUUUAUCAAGGAAAACUUGGAAUCUAUAGAAACUUGUAUUCCCUACACCUCCACUCAAAAUCAACUAACUGAUUUGUUAAUAAAAAGUGUCUCUGCGACUCAACUACAACAAGUGUUCUCCAAGUUGGGAAUGGAUGAUAUCUACUCACCAGCUUAAGCAGCUGUGUUGAAAUACAAUAUAAAUAUUGCGUUAGUAGUUGGGGUGAGGUGUAUCACGUACUUCACUUAAAGAUGCACAUGAACAUCACCCGUAUGUCUCAAGAUGUAAGUAAGGCUGUAUGUCUCUAGAACCUUCUCCCAUGGGUCUGUUAUAAAUAACAGACCCAUGUCUCAAGAAUGAAUAGAAGUUCAUUCUUUCCUUCUAGAAGGUCUGUCAUUCUUGAAGAAAUGAACGAACUAGAGGAAAUUCAACAAUCACAAAUGAUGGAGUCUCUAUUACUCCAUAAUCCCACAAAACCCCUUAUAGUUCUAGACAUAUUCAAUCCAGCUUAUAUUUCCAACUUGAGGCCCUUGAUAUAAUUGAUCUCUAUUAUCUCGUCUUAUAUGUCUUUGAGAAAAGCUGAUAUGACCUCCUGUAUUCAGUCAUCAUUCCUUCUUGAUUGAGCUGCAAAAACUGUUAGCACACAUCAUUUGAAGAGGAUGAGCUAAAACGUAUAACUGUUGCGUGAGGUCCGACCAGUCCUUGAAAGAGUAUCAUUCUGCUGUCCACAUGCACCAUGUUAGGACAUCGUCUUCCAAACUCAGAGCUGCCUCAUCCAUCUGUUCAUCUGCUGUGUGCAUUUUGAAAUAUAGUUCAAAACGAAAGAUCCACCCCUUCACAUUGGCCCUGCUGAAAUGGAUAAGUUCCCAUCGUCUUCCUAGUUUCUGUGCCCCCCACCCACGUAGGGUUUAAGAGGUGUGCCUGAUGUUUCUCCAUCUUACAAUUCCGUUGCUAAAUGAGGAGAUUGGUCAUGUGCUAGGUCAGCCCGUGGUCCUUCCUCUGGUCACCCUUUGUCCUGGAUCUCACUCCUUUCUUCCACUUGGUUUAAUUGUUGGAGUUAACGACCAAACAUAUGGGAGAAUUUCUCCUGUAGUUUCUGGCUCUCUUCUUGUGAUUUUUGUAUUUCUUCCUUCAGAACGGUGAGGACAGUUUUGAUUCCUUCUCUCGCAUUCUCAGCAGAUUACAUUGGUUAUCUGAGAACUUUGGCGCCAUCUCUCCCUAGUCAUCAGCUCUGAUGGCAAAAUGGUGAGACUCCUUCCUCCAGCUGCCAAGAAAAGGGCUGAGGGGCAGAAAAAGAGAAGGAAAUGGAUAGGUAUUCAGAUGGAUCAGAUAAUAAACAGGAUUCCACAGAACCCUAACAGAAUCUGGGAAGUAGUUCAAGAAGCUUUCCAUUCCCUCCGCAGCUCAACCGAGCCCUAGAGCCCUCUUCACAAAAAGAUGUCCCCCUUGUAUGUUCAAGAGUCCUUAAUACUCUACCUAUACAAUGACAUAUCUGCUUCUCUCACCCCCUUCCUUCCCUGCCCCUCUGUCUUGUGUUUCUAUCUUCAGCUAUAAGUUUUCAUCAGAACCUUAUCAGAAUACUUCAAUCAGAACUAGCUGGCAAUAUUUUUCUUUUUUUCUAUCAAAAGUACUAGAUACGCAUGUAAAUCGAAAUCAUCUCCUUGAGAUUUGCCAUGUCAUUAGUUUCUAAUCGACUCAGAAUAUGAUAUCCCUAUUGUCAUGUUAGUUAGUUUUUAUGAUGUGAAUAUUUCCAGAUGUGUGCUUCAAGUUCCUGUCUGUUAAGCGUAGUAUGUGAUUGCGCCUAUUUGUCUCUCCAAUAUCUGUGACAGUGCAAUACAGAAGCAGAUAUCUUCAAGUUCUGCUGCUAGGAAGUUUUUCGCCAGUAGUUUAAUCAAGAUCAGUUUUCUAUACAUGGAGGCGAAAAGGGUUUAUCAGGUCUGCACAUAUUGUGUCGUGUUUUCAAAUUUCAUUUGGUUCGUACUAUAACUCACAUUUGAAGAUACGUAAAUGUAUACAUAUAUAUAUUUAUGUCUCUCAGUUACAGUCCUAGGACUUUGAAUUUUCCUGAACUCAAAAACAUUUAAGACUAAAAAUGUUUUUUUAUGUACAGGGUAAAGUGUUAACCGAACAGAAGGAAGAACUACAUCUUGUUUCUGUCACUUUGGAAUGGGUGCGGGCCAGAGUUGUUGCUGUACUUUUGUGGCCACUGCAUACUUUAGCAACAAUCCUGGUCUAUAGAAAGAUUUACUCCACAAUUGGGAUACGCAAGGUAUUCAUGGCAGUGGGAUCGUAAUUUUUGACUUUAUCUUUUGCAUCUAAUUAUCUGAGGUUUUUUAUUUUUUAAGCUUCUCGUUCUAAAUACCUGGAUGUGCGACGUUUCAGGCUGGUAUAAGUGGUGGUGGAAGUCUUCCUAUGCAUAUCGACAGGUUUUUUGAGGUUAGAUGACUCAAUAAAUUGUUCAUACUGAACUUUUUCAGAUAGCUUCUGUUAACUGUAUUCUACUCUUUCAGGCAAUUGGGUUGACGUUACAGAAUGGAUAUGGGCUAACAGAGACAUCUCCUGUAAUCGCAGCUCGAAGGCCUGAUUGCAACGUAAGAAAUUAUUUUUUUGGAAAAAUUAUCUCGUGUGGAUGUUAACACUGUCCUCAUUAAGGGUAAAACAGCAUAAAAAUGAAAUUGAGUCGUUCAUCACGUUUCGAAUUAAAACUCUAGGAAAAAAAGAUCCCUUAUUCUAGAUGUCCUCGAAAAAAGGAUCAGAUCAUGCAAAAGUGAAAAUGAAAAGGAAUGUUUGCCUAAAAUGUACAAUCCUUUAUUUAAAUGACGCAGAUAAAUCACAAAAUAAUAUUCAUUGCUCAAGUUGUGAAAAAUAACGUUUUAUUUGAUCAUUUCGUAUUUUUAUAGGCACAAAAGAACUUCAUACAAUAUUUGAAUUAAAAUUUUGUAAUUUUAAUCAGAUUAUUGCAAUCACUCGACCAUCAAGAUUUCAAACGCCUAGAAUUGACCAAUCUAAGACUUUUAUUGCCUGGCUUAUGCACAUGACUGGUUCCAACUGUAUAUCUGAUGCAAUAUAGUGGUCAUGAUGGUCAUCUAAGGUUCUUCGUUUCCUAUGGAAAACUCCUGCUUGGACCUGAGCCAUCAAGCUGCAAACCUAUGUCUUGAUUAAAUGAUUCCUUUAAGACAGUGAGAUAUGGUAAAUUGACGUGACAUGUAGAAAAAUGGUCGAAUUGCUGAUGGUCAUUGUUCCAGGCGAGAAAAUCAGAAGAAUUGUGGAAAAAAAUUCAGUCAAAGGUCUAUGGAAAAUCGAAACAUUUGGGAAUUCCUUGUUACCGUCUCCCAGUAGCUAAUUACGAGUAGAGUAUCACAACAGGUUCAUCAGAUGCAUAAUGGUUUGUUUUACACUCUACUUUCUCAUCGCUGCUAAAAAUCUACACCUAACAUGUCACAUUUAGAAUUAAUGGCGUCAUGGUUAAUGAAAGAAUAGAUGGUCGUGAGAACAAUAAAGCUGAUCGAAUUCUAGAUGGUGUUUUUUCGUUGGAGAAAAACUUUAAAAAAUUAGAAAUUAAUUUCAACGAAAGAAACACCAAGUCUAUAAAUUAAAAAUCACUCAGCAGCAUCUAACACCUAGUUUCGUGUAUAUAACUAUGAUAGGUACGGCAGAUGCAUAAUAUUUACAUGUUAUUUCAUCAUUUCUGCAUCAAGCUUAUCCUCCAUUUUUGACAUUUGAGAGCGAACAUACUACAUGCUCGCCAGUGAAUUUGAAACAAAAUACUAGACUAGAUAGUGAUUGCGAGAAAAGCAACAAAUGGCCCAAUCUCGUCUGUUUUACACGUGAUGCUGAUUAUCUACUUUUCGCAUCUACAUUGAUAUGACUUUCUUUGACGCUGAAGGUGUUGUAUAUCUGUUUUUUUUUCUCUUUUACCUGGCUUUCUUACUUCUUUUUGCAUCAUUUUCCCCAAUUUUCUGGCAGUAAGAGCCCAAUAUUCUUCAAAUUAUGAGGGAGGGUUUAUAUUCUUCAUUCAGUAAUUGCUCAAAAAAUAAUUUUUCCCCAUGUAGGAUGUGCUUGAACAGUGUAUGGCAUGCCUGAAUCGGUUCAUUAUGAUUGAGCAGCCCAGCAUCUAGUUUUUUUUAAUUUUUUUAUUUUCAGAGGGUAUAAAGAGUGGCUGAUGGACAGGAAAAUACGUGCACAGCUAAUGCCACAAGCUGACUGUAAAUCCAUUUAGAAUUGUGCAGAUAUAAAAGAGAUGUGAAGGUAAAAAUGAAAGAAAAUCGUGAUGUCAAAACCGUUCACAGAAGCAGCUCAUGCAUUAAUGAAAAUUUCAUCAUUAAGACCAUUCUUCUUCCAUUAUGAACAGAGUUUGUAUGAGCAUUUUCCAUUUCAUACAUUUAAAAGUUUAUACACCCCAGAGCUUUCUUUCGGUCUCCUAUAUUAUUCUCUCACUAAGCAGCUUUAAAGAUCCACCACUGCUACACAUGGAAACAUGAGAAUUGAUAUUGAGUCAUCUUUCCGUUCAAUUUGGCCAGAUUCCGAGUUAUUUCUGUAGUCUGUCUCUAUUUGGAUAGGAGAAAAAAAUCAACUCAAAUGAAAUGAAAACGAAAUUAUUUUGAGAAAGCUGAGUGCAUGUAUGUAUAAAUACUUUUAGAACUUAUACGUACAGUGUGUUUAAUGUAAGAGUUGCUUUGAAAAAGAAGAUCCUCCCUGCAGUACGAAGAGUGAUGAUAAUAAUACUAGUAACAAUCCAAACUCUGUAUAUUCCUCUUUUUUUUUUGUUGGCCUAGGUUCAAUGCUCAUUACCUCUGUCCGCAAUGCCAUACCUCCUGGUACUUGUCUUUUUAUGGGCAUACUUGAAUAGGAGAUCGUCCCUUCAUCAUGUUAAUAUCUAGCACUCUUCCAUAGUAAUAAUUUUUAUGUAUUCAAAUGAAGGUUCUUGGCACUAUUGGGCAUCCGAUUAAACACACAGAAAUCAAGGUUGUGGAUCCAGAAACUGGUCAAAUUCUAUCAAAUGGUUCAAAGGGUAUUAUAAAAGUACGUGGGCCACAAGUAAUGAAAGGCUACUACAAGGUACCAAUUUCUUUCAUUAAGUUCAAAGGAUGACUGGAUUUUUAGGAUCUAGUUAUGAUACUUGUGUAGAAUGGUCUCUUAUUGAAAGGCUGACUAGAAUUUUUGAUCUUUGUAGAAUUAUUUCUUCUUUAAAAUGCUUUUAUGUAAUGCUCAAGAGCUUGUACGAACUUAAAAAUUCUUUGAUUGUUAGUUGUACAUCAUUUGUUUUCCUAGAAUUCAUCAAGCACAAAUCAAGCCCUGGACAAAGAUGGUUGGUUCAAUACUGGUGAUAUAGGCUGGAUUGCUCCGAAAAAUACAAUGGGACGGAGCCGUCAGUGUGGUGGCAUGAUUGUAAUUGAAGGGCGUGCCAAGGAUACAAUAGUUCUGUCAUCAGGUAUCUAUGGAUGCCAUUGAUUUUCGGACGAUACCCUUAUCUUUUAAUUGAUUUGGAUUGAAUAAAAUUUUGAUCCUCUAACUCAUAUUUUUACGUUUUCUAGUAAGCGUAUGUGCUGAAGGUUUGGCAAGUAGAACUCUGUUUUGUUUAGCAUGUUACACGGAUAAGAGCGAAGCAGAAGAAAGAAAUAAGUUAAAAAUGGUGGAUACUGUAGUAGCCUUGGAAUUUCUUAUGGGCUUGUUGCGUGUACUUUUCAGUCUUUGCCUGUACAUUGCAUUACUUGCCUAAAACAUUCAAUGCGUAUACGCUUAAAUUUUUACGGGAAUCUACUCACUGAAAGCAUCAUAUUAAUGUAGAUAUGCAUUUCUACUACCAUCAAUGCAUAAAUAAGGACGAAAAAAAUCAAAAGUUCAUUUCUCUACGAAGAAUAGUCCCAAGAUAUGUGAUCGUGUUUGUACAUCCCCUCUUCCCCCCUUGUUAUUCUGUCUUCUCUCUAAAGAAGUCUUCAAGUUAAUCAUGCAGAAACAUGAUUUUUAAGCGUGUUUCUAAGAACAGAAAAUGGCAUUUCUGGACGUAGUCUAUUUAUUUACUUCUGAUGAGAAAAUCCAAGUCAAUGGAUGUUGCAAAAUGCUGUCUUGCUUGUGAUUGUCUCAUAAAGCUCAGAAAACAACCAAUUUCGUUGAUGUCAAAUUGAAAGACAUUAUAAGAAAAAAGACAAUAUGUAGCGAGCAUUUUAUGGAAAUUACUGUUCUAGCUUGAUACCAUUCUAUUAUGAACUGUUAUAUUAACAGUUCACGAUUAUAUUAACAAUUCUAACGUGAAUUGGUUUCUUUUAUGAACUGUUAUAUGUGUUUACAUAACUUGCAUGGGCCAUCUUCCCAACAUAUAUGUAGCGAGCAUUCCAGGAUGAUUUCAUUCUCAUCAAGUUGUUCCUUCAAUUGAUUUUGAGAGUUUACGGAAAAUUUCAGGUGAGAAUGUCGAACCUUCCGAACUUGAAGAAGCUGCAGGGAGGAGUAACUUGAUAAAACAAAUUGUUGUAAUUGGGCAGGUAAAACCUAAUAUUUUUUAAGGAAAAUUGGAGCGAAUUUUGAAAUUAAUUAGAACUCCAUGUAACACAUAUACGAAGGCCUGUCUCUAUAUCUUAUUUGAUCUGAAUUUUUCUUAAAGCCAAAUAUAUACUCAUAUUUUUUAUGUUUUCUGGCUCCAUGUCGAAAUAUACCUCUACUCUGUGAAUGUUCGAUGUAAAGUAAAUAUACCUCUCCAGACAGAUCGGCACAUAAGUUGGGUUUGGAAGCAUUUUUGCCAGUAGAACAACCUCCACGGAAACAAGUGUAAUGUGGCUUGCACCUCAUUGUGGAGACCUACUUAGAAACCAGAAUUAGCUUGAACCCCUUUUUUCUUGAAGGGACCUUUUCCCCUGCAGCCAUGGCAAAGAAUACCUACCCCCGCCCGAUGCCUGGACAUCUUACACAGGUUGUGACCAAUAACCGAGAAAGAGGAGAUGAUCAAAUCUGUGCCCGUCUUUGAGCCGUCUUUUUGCUGCCACGGUCUUCACGUUAUGAUUUGACCGACUAUUAUCUUCAAUGUUAGUCUAGCAUGCGCCAUUUUCAUUUUGAUGCGCUUCAACUGGUUUAUCUUGUCUAUUUUUAGGUUUGAAUCAUGCUGUGCUCUCACUCCUGUAACGGAGAAAUCAUUUUGAUGCUAUCUUGUCUUCAUUUUGAUGCGCCAUUAUUUAAACGAAAUAAUGUGAGCCUGGCUGAUCCAUCCUGUGCUCUCACUCCUGUAACGGAGAAAAGAUGCUGAAUGUUUUCAUGACCGAUUCAGUUUCCUCGUCAUUCAUUGAUUAAUAAACCUAAUGAACGAAAAAUCCGUUGAAAUGCAUAAUUCGAUGGAGUUUCAACUUUGGUAAUCUAUAUGAUUUUCAAUGAUCAAUCAUCUUUAUUUAUGUUGACCAAACUUUUUACAUCGUGACGCGAAAAUAUUUUGAGAGUUGUAAGUUUCGAUGUGAAGUUAGAUAAACAGUGCAAAGUUCGAUCAUUCAGUUUAUUUUUCUUGAUCACAGAAUUCUCACGAUUGUAUUUUUAUUCCAAGGAUCAACGCCGCCUAGGCGCUUUAAUUGUUCCGGAUAAAGAAGAACUUGUUUUAGCUGCGAAGAGACUAUCUGGUACUCAUUCAACAUCUUCCGAACUCAGUGCAGAUGAAGUCAACCGAAUGAUUCGGGGUGAAUUAUCAACUUGGUGAGGCUGUUUGAUGAUAUGUUUAUAAUCAGUUUGCGAACUGGAAAUAAUGUGCAGAAAUCAUAGAACUAGUCUCUUUCUAUGUCAAUCUGCUUAGAAGUAUGAAUUUCUGUGCAAGAUCAUGUGUCUCCUCCUGUUGGUAUUUAGGAAACAAAAUCAAUCUGCAUAAUUGCGUCAACUUUUACGGUGAUAAUCGGCAUCAGUUGGUGUCUUGAAAGCCAGAUCAGUUUAGAAAAAUACCAUUUCUUCCUCCCAUUUCCGUCCAAGAUUCCUCUUUUUGUCGGUCUGGUAUAAGAUCAAGGGAUCCUUACCCUUGUGUAUCAAUACAUUUGUUGAAUGAAAUGAUUUAUUUCCGCUAGAGAUUCGUGUAAGUUUGUGACGUAAUGAUAAUGUUAAUGUUUCAUAACCACUUGGAUUUCAAACAAAAGUAUAGCUUGUUCUCACUUGACAUUGAGACGACUUGAAAUCUUCAGCAUGCAUCAUCAUGCAGGACAUCGGGGCGUUCAUUCCAGAUUGGGCCAAUACUGAUACUGGAUGAACCUUUCACGGUAUAGUUAACAUGAUCCAGUCAAGAACUACUCCUCUGACACAGAUGAUGAUCGUUAGAAUAAUGAUCGAUUUUAUUGCAGAUUGACAAUGGUUUAAUGACCUCAACGAUGAAAGUGCGGAGGGACGCAGUCGUGGAUCGUUUCAAGGAUCAGAUUGCCAAGAUGUACGAGAAAGAUAUUUAG